ACAAAAUAAAUUAAAGCUCUACAACUCCAUGACAAACCAUCAGCUGUUGGAAUGAUCAAGGAGCCACUGGGGAUGAAUGGCAUCACACUGAAUAUCGCCAUCACAGGGGAAACUGGUUCUGGCAAAUCCACCUUUGUUAAUGCCUUCAGAGGUGUGAGUGAUGAUGAUGAGGGAGCUGCUCCGACUGGUGUUACAGAAUGCACCAUGGAGGUUAAAGAAUACUUCCAUCCAAACUAUCCAAAUGUUAAAUUCUGGGAUCUUCCUGGAGUUGGUACCCCAAAUUUUCCAUCUGACACGUACCUGGAAAGUGUUGGAUUUGAGAAGUUUGACUUCUUCAUCAUCAUCUCAGCUGUUCGGUUCAAAGAGAAUGAUGUGAAACUCGUGCAGGAGAUUCAGAGGAUGAAGAAAAAGUUCUACUUUGUUUGCUCAAAAACUGAUGACGUUAUAAAUGCUGAGAGAAAAAAGAGAGACUUCAGUGAAGAGGAGACUCUGACAAAAAUCAGAGACGACUGCGUUCAAGAUGAGCGACCUCGUUCAGAUGCAAAAUAACACAGGUCUGAAAAAAAUUUCAGCUGCAUGGGAUAUUUUUGUUAAAUGUCAUGUUUUUUAUGGUGCUGAAUCCAAAAAUGAUCUCCAUGUCCCUCCAUCACGUACAGUUUCUUUGCAAAACAUGAGGAGCUUACAUUAAAAAAGCAUAACAGCGAUGAAAAAAAAUCAAUGUUUUAUUACAAUUAAUUAUGCAUAACUGUUCUGAGAUUCAUUAACAAAAUUAACCUGUUGGGACAUGAUCAUCUGAUUUCUUCAUACCGCCAAACACAACAACCCC